AUGGCGUCUCCAGUGCCUCCAGCUAGCGCUGAAUCGGGUUUGAAGAUUGCGGCUGUCGAAUUGCCAAGCACUGAAUCAUUGGAACGACGAACACGUGAUGGUAAGCUCGAAAAUUCCAGCGAAAAAUAAAAAUUCAAAAAAAAAUUUUUUUUCUACCGUAGUUGCGUUCAAGGCGCACACACAAACGUUGUUGCGUCUCGUCGCGAACUUCUCGCGCUUUAUUUUUUUUUCAAAUUUUUAAUACAUUUUUUUCCAGGAAAAUGGACUUUGCGUCAAUUGCGUCAAACCGACGCCAUUGUUCCACUUCAAUCUGGAACUAAUCAAUUCGAUAGUCAAAGAGUGAGUUACUUCAUUUAAUUUUUCAGCCUAAAAGUGCAAUUUUUUGUGUAGUAAGGUGUACUUUUUCGUUGUUUUGUCCUCGUCCAUGUUUUGUUUGAAUUUUUAGGGUAAAACAGGGUUCGGAAUGCCGAGAAAUACACAAACCAAAGUCGAAUUUGCGGAUCGCGAUAAACAAUGGGCGAUUGAAGAACAGAAAUUGCAAUCUGAUUCGAUUGUUCGACUUCAAUCUGGAACCAAUCAAUUCGAAUCGCAAAAGGUUGGCUUUUUUUCAGUUUAUAUAUGUGGAAUGUUGUGUGUUCUUGCUUGAAAUCACAUUUUUUUGAAGCGAAAAUUCGGCAUUUUUCAUGGUUUUGUGAAGAACUGCUGACUAAUUUGCCACGUCAUAGCUAUUUUUGAAAAGAGGGAGAGAAUUUUGAUUUUUUGAGUUUUUAGGGAUCUGAGUCACAAAAAUUAAAUAUAUACUUUUUGGGUCUCUAAGCCAGAAGAAAAUUUAUGCGUUUAAAAACAUUUCUCGACCACAUUUUUAAUUUCUAGUCCACCAAAAUAAUAUAUUUGAAUUUCUAGGUCUUCAAUUGAAUUUCUUUGGUUUUUCAAACUUUCUAGCUUAAAAAAAUCAUGAAAAAUCCGAAUCUUCGCCUGAAAAACCUCAAAUUUCUAACCAUAAAUGUCGAAAAAACAACAGGGUAAAACCGGUUUCGGAAUGCCGCGAAACACUCAAACAAAAGUCGAAUUUGCGGAUCACGGAGCGGCUCGUUGGGCUAUCACCGAUCAAACUCAACAACACGAUCAAUUUGUUCGUCUGCAAUCUGGCACCAAUCAAUAUGAAUCGCAAAAGGUUGAGAAUUUGAUUUGGGGUGCAAAAAAUGGUGAAAAAUAUAUGGGGGUUUGGUGGAAAUUUGUGUAAAAAUGAGCCCGUAUUCAAGAUUUUUGGGACAAGUUUAGGCUUCUAAGCUGCUAAGCACAUUUUCACUCAUUUUUCCUUAUUUUUUCACCAAAAACCCCUAAUUUUUCACUAUUUUUGGGUGUUUUUCACCAUGUUUUAAAUAUGUGUGUGUCGAAAAAAAGUUUGUGUUUUUCUGUCCCCGAAAAAGUACACCUUUUCUCCUUGUUUACCUUCAUGUCAAAAAAAAAACCCGAAAAAAGAGACUAAUCUAAUUGUAAACAAUUAGAGAAAUGAGGGGGGUUUUGGGAAAAAGUACAAUUUUUGGGAGCGAUUUUUGGCCCCAAAAACUACAGUACUUUUAUAUUUUUUCCCGACAAAAGUCCAACUUUCAAGUUCUCAAUAUUUCUCCAAAAAACUACAGUAUUUCUUGAGGAUUUUUCGGGCGCCAAAAAUUGAAAUUUUGAAAUUCAAAACUUACAGUAUCUUAUUGUGGGAAAAGUUCAAAUUUUCAAUGAAAUAUUCCAAAAUCCUUAAUUUUUCCCUCCAAAAAUCCUGAAUUCAAAAAAAUUUCAAAUUUUGUUACAGGGAAUGACCGGUUUCGGAACUCCACGCGACGUCAAAGGCAAACAUCUGAAACGAAUCUGGGAAUUGGAAUUUCCAGAAGAAGCUGCCGAUUUUCAACAAGUUCCAGUCAAUUCUCAACAACAACCACAACAAGUUCAACAACAAUAA